CACAAUUACCUUUUAAACCGGAAGUUAUAAAGUUUGUCGGUCGUCGAUUAAAAAAAAAUGUUUACUUAUUUUAUUUAUUAAUUUUCUUUUGUUUGAAGCAAUAUGGGUACUGGAUGUAGCAGUGGAUAUGCCCUGGAUCCAGGCAUUGGGAGUAUCCCAAGCUUCAAGAUAGUACUAGUUGGUGAUGCUGAAAGUGGAAAGACAAGUGUUUUCAUGCGCUACUUCAAAAAUCAGUUUGAUUAUAGCUACCGGCCUACAACUACAGUCAAUAUAGAGAAUGUAGUGAAGAAGUUGAAUGUUCCAGAGCAUACUGUGGUUUCCAUGGCGAUGUGGGAUCUACCAGGCAGGGAAGAGAUGGACCUUCGUACAAGCUAUUACAAAGAUGUUGAUGCUGCUAUUGUUGUAGCUAAUAUCGCAGAUCAGGAAAGUGUGGAACUCGCUAGCACAUGGAAACAAGAUAUCCUGAACCAUGCUGUCGUCUCCAAGAAGAGGGUUGUCAGUACCGCUGAGGGGUCAAAGGUCGUGACUGACUAUGAGCCGGCCGAUCACACACAGAUUCCAGUUCUCUUGCUAGGAAACAAGUAUGAUUUGGUGGAAGAAAGACAUGCACUGCAGGAAGAGAAUGGGAAUGAAGAAGAAGACAAACCAAUGCUGAUUGAAGAUAACAAGGAUGCAGAUACCCAUAGUCUAUCAAAGAAAGAUGAAGAUGAUGUUAUCAACACCAGGGAUGAAGACGGAGGAGGAGGAGGAGAUAGGUCAAGCCCCGGUGCUGAGAAGAGGGAUGUAGAGUCUGAAAACCCUGGAAAAGAUGAAGAGGUGGAGGAUAGAGGGAAGGAAGGAAAGGAGGAGAAGGAUAUGAUGGUAUGGAAGUAUGAGGAACAGCAAGAGGUGGAGGAGGUACCGGCUGAGAUCCAGUUCCUGGAGGACUUUACAGAGAAACAUGGAUUUGUUGGCAGCGUUGCGGUCUCUGCAAAGAAUGCUGAUGGCAGCGUUCAUGCUGCUAUUCAGGCUCUUAUCAGACAUCUCAUCGAACGAAAGUUAAAGGACCGAACCCUGGACAGGAUGACAGAGGUCAAGGUCAAUAGGGUAAAGGUCAUAAAGGGCAAGAAGAAAAAGAAGAAAGACCCGAAAGCAUUUGAACCCCUGGAUAAAACUGGUAUCAAAGAGCUUGAUAGUCUAUUCAACAAAUGCAACCGCCACAUGUCUCUGAUCCAUGAGACCAGACUAGUAUACAGACAGUCUGUGCGUCUCUUCAAGAGCCAAUGUAUGGAAGCAGAGAUGGUUCCAGAAGGACCUAAGUGUUCUAUGGAAGACUGUGUGAGUGGCAUCAAGGCAUCCCUGGAGAAGGACAGUCUAGAGUUACUGGCUGAAGAUGAGAAUGGCUUUGUGACUCUCCUAGUGAAAGGACAGGAAAUGGAUGAAGAUGAGAAAUCUGAAGACAUGAGAGAUUUACUUCAAACAUUCCAAACAGAGGUAGCCGUAGCAAGCAGGACAAUACUUCAUGAGUGUCCUGGUGCCAUCGCUGCCCUUCAGAAGCUGGACGGCCAGAUUGAACAGGACUGUGAGGGCGCCAUCAAGAGGGCACAGCAGGAGAAUCCACUUACUACGCGAGAGCUGCGCAGUAUCCAGGAUGCUGUUGAUAUGAGUCGGGCUCGCAUCAAGCACUCGUCUGCGAUGGCGCAUGAAUGCCUACAGGAUGUCGAGAGUUCGUAUAAGAAGAUCAAAGCUGCAAUGAUUUGGUAACAAAUUUAUGUGGUGUCUAAGAAAUUUUGGGAAUUUUGAAGGGUGUCAAAAUUGUGGUGAUGUCAUGAAGGGUUUCCAUAUUUUGGACUGAAUUUUGAAAUCAGGUUGGUGUUUCACAUAGAUUUAAGUUUGACUUAAACCAUGCUAAGGUGCCAAUAUGCAAGUAUUAUUAGCACAGGUCCUUUGUGCAUGGUUUGGUUUGACCAAUACAGUUAUGCAAUACUACAAUACAUGCAACAGGGAAUUGAAGUGUGAUUUUUAGUCAGACUUAAAUCUUUGUGAAACACUCCAAGAUCCAUGCUAUUUGUAUUCAGGUCACCGAUGAAGAGUUUUGGUGUAUAAAAAAGCUCAUUGUAGGUUAUUACCAGGUAGAGUGUUUCAUCAAGCUGUUUGUAAGUUACAUGUAUGAGCAACUUUACGAAUGACUGGUGAUCCUUUCUUAGGCUUCAAGUCAACAUCAAUGUCAAGGAAAAUUUGGUGUAGGCCUAUAUCGUUUACUAAAAAAAGAUCACCAGUCAUACAUGAAAUCAUUUAUAAGUUAUGAAACUCCCACCAGGUCUUCUGAUCAAUUUUGAUUGGCAUAUCUAGAUGUCAUAUAUAGUGCUAUUGAUUCAAGAGUGGAAAGUAUUCUCAACUAUGAAUAGCCAGCAGUGGCACAAUCCUUAAUCUGAAAAGCAUGUUCAGGUUACUCUGCCAAAGUCUAAGCAUUUUUCAGACCAGAUUAUUCAAAAUAUGUAUUAUAUGCCUCUUCUAAGUCAAAUUUCUUCUCUUUAGUUGAACAGAUUUUGACUUAGGCAGAGUUACCUGUAUGUUGAUUCUAUUGUUGUUUUGGAUAUGAAGAUCACAAGGAAUGAGAUCAAGUUGAGUUGCUGGCUUUCCAUAGUCUACAUUGCUUUGAAUCAAUCAUUUUUUUAUAUAUAUAAAACAGUGUCUAUGUACUGUAGGUUGGGAGGGGGUGGUUAAUCUAGCAUAAAAAUGAAAAUAUACUCUUCAAGAUCAAAUAUUGUGCGGUGAAUCACAUCUUUGUCUUUACAACACAGAACGUAAUUGUUUAUCAUCAGAAAACAGUGAUUACUUUGUGAAAUUCUUUAUAAACUUUUUCUGAUUGCACAUAUACUUUUUCAAGCAGAUUAGAGCUACUUGUACUACAGACACAUUAAAUGUUCUUAGCUUGGGUCUCUUUAGUAUUACGAACAAAAAUUAUGAGGAAGCAACAGAUCACAUGGUCAAUUAUCAGUAUUUGCAGCUGACUUUUCUAAGAUUGAAUAAAUUGCAUAUUUUGUGUGAUUCCCGUCCAUCAAUCAUCUUCAUGUCUUUCAUUGUAUGCAAACUUUUAUGAUACAUAGGAUUGAAUAUGUUAUUGCAAAUUUAUAUCAGCAACUCAUUAUUAAUCCAAUAACCUUAUGCAUUGAGAAUGAAUCAAUUGAAAAAUAACUCAGAUGUUGAAAUUUGUGCAUCUUAUUUAAUAUUUCAUUCCAGUACAUAAAUUGGAAUUGUAAAGACUGUUUUCUAUAAUUAUCUUGUUUGCUGUCUUAGCAAAAAAGUCAUAUGCAGGUAUUAGAGUACAUGUAAUUCUUUCUCCUACAGUGUAUUCUUUAGAUCCGUCCACAAAACAUGCAUUCUUAAUAGGAUUUUUAGUUUUCAUGUCUUGUAUGGCAGUAUUUUACAUGAUGUGACGUCAAAUAAAUGUGAAAUAUAUUUUUGUAAAUUCUGUACAGAAUGUGUGAAUCAUAUACCCCAAAAGAUUUCUAUGUAAAAUAUACUAAUGCAUUCUAUGGAAAUGUAAAUCAUUAUUUUGUAUAUUUAAAUUUGGAGAUUAAAAAAAAGGUGAAUGAUCGGGGGUGUUUCAUUAAGCUCUUUAUUAAAGUUAGGCAUGACUUUGCGAACAACUUAAAUGAUAAAUGCUGAUUAUUUUUUUUACCUUAUUGCUAAGAAAGCAUGAAUGCUUGUAAGCAAGCAACCAGGUCCUCUCCAAGGGACCUGGUUAAUGAGGAUUAAUGCCUUACCAAAGGGCACUAUUGCACCAAGAGGGAUUCAAACCCGGGUCAACAGAAUCAGAAUCCACCGCUCUACCAACUGAGCUAUCCCGACUUGAUUUCCAAAUGAGUUUUCAAUACUUAUUAAUUGCAUUUGAGGAAAAGUUGCAGAAUGCACUUUUUAUUGUCCAUGUCUUUCUGGCAAAUUAUAUAUUUGGGGUCUGAAAUGUAAGAGGAUUAAUUGAAAUGCAAUUAUAUUCUUUUUAAAGAUCCAGUCAUUUUUCAUACAAGCUUUUUGUUAAUGCAGCGGAAAGCUGCACUAUGGAGUUACGGGUGUUAAUGAAACAGAAACAUAAAAUCAUGGAAAACUUUACUACAGCUACAUGUAUGUGAGUCACUCCCUGAUCAAGAACUAGAUUAUCUAAGUAAUUUAUCAAGUAUUCAUUGAUAUAAGUGAAUGUGAGGACAGUGCAGCAGAAUAGAUGUUCUAUGCACAUCCUGGGUCCCGUAACACAAAGGUUAGCAAUUAAUCGUACGCUUGAUUUCCACAAUUGAUUGUA